AGUGACGUAGUAAACAUCAGCUAUAGCGGGCUGUUAACUGCUAUUGUAAAAGUAAUAAUAAUUAAUACUGACAUAAACAUUAAACCUGUACAUUAUAAGAACAUUAACAAAUAAUUGUGAUAUAUUCUGCCAUCAUUAUUCUACCAUGACUGAAAUCUUCCCUUGCUUUGUUAGGAUUGGUGAUCGCUUUAAAAAAUACAAACUUUUAAAGCUUGACAAAACUCAGGUAACUAUUGGAAGAUCAUGCGAUGUUACAUACUGCAUUUUGUCUGACAUGAUUUCAAGGUGUCAUGCCACCAUCAGACAACUUGAAGAUAAUACAUGGACAAUAACAGACAAUAAGAGUUUGAAUGGUGUAUAUGUCAAUGGUCGCUUGCUGACACCAGAUGUCCCAUACACACUACAAGAAGGAGAUAUGGUUCAGCUAGGGGUUCCGACAUCUCCUGGUGCACCUGCGGAGUUUCUAUAUAAGUUUCACUCAUCAUUAAAGUUUCGGAUAGAAGGAAGAAACCACAAAAAACUCAAGACUGACCCAUCAUGUACAGGAAAAGGAGUUACACCUUGUGCAAGUGAGAUUUAUUAUUCAGAGGAUGACGAAGAGAUGAAAAGAAAGGGUGCCAGAAAAAAAUUUCAAGCUGAUUCACCUAAUAAAAGCUUGAGGGAUACUAUGGAGGAAUCUCGAAAACUACAUUCAACAAAAGAGGUUGAAUAUUUGGCCCGUUUGGCAGAAAUGGAAAAGUUGUUACAGGAAAAAGAACAAAAACAAAAAGAGGUACAAGAGCAGUUGGAACAGGAAAGAAAAGAAAAGGAAAAUCAGGCUAAAGAAGUUGCUGAACUAAAGCUCAAAGAGAUUGCAAUUUUAUUAGAAAUGCAAGACAAACAGGAACAAUUGGAAAAAGAGAAAAAUGAGCUAAAAAUAAAGAUGCAAGAAGAGUUAGAAGCAAAUCUAAGGGAAAGAGAAGCUGUUUUACUGGGCCAACUGGCAGCACAAAGAGAGUCGCUUCUAAAAGAAAAGGAACAGAUAGAAGGCAGUUUACAGAAAGAAAUGGCAAAAGUUGUGGAAGAAAAAAAUAAAGAACUUGAACAGCAGUUACUUGACCAAAAGCUAAAAUUAGAAAAGAUACUUGAAAAAAAAGAUAUGGAGCAAAAAAUAUUAGAAAGUCAACUGAAUGAAACUAAAGAGGAAAGCGCUUCAGCCAAAAUGCAAGCUCUAAAAGCCAGGGAAGAUGUCUUGUCCAACUUUGUGGAUCUCAUGGAAAUGGAAUUACAAUGCAGUAUUUGCAAUGAGCUGUUUAUAAAAGCAACAUCUUUAAAUUGUUCCCAUGUUUUCUGCAAAUUAUGCAUCAGUCAAUGGACGAAAAUGAAAAAAGAAUGCCCUAAUUGUCGUACAUAUAUAACAUCUCAAACACAAGCCUUAGCCCUAGAUAAUUAUAUAGAUAAAAUGGUUGAACAGCUCAGUGAAGAUCUUAAGAAACAGAGAAAAACAUUGAUUGAUCAAAGAAAAAUUGAACAAGAAAAAUUUGAAGCAAUAGUAGCAGGUCCAUCAACAGCCCCAAGGGGUCGUGGUGCAAGAAGGCGGGCGACUAGAGGAACAAGGCAAUGGACAGUAACUCGAAUGCCAUUUGUACAACACCCACCCACAACAUCAACAUACAAUGGAGUUUCUUUAGUUGUUUCACCAGGUAAUGCUAUAAGUCUCUCAGGACACAACUUUGUUAUGAACAGUCUAGUAAACUCCUUUGUUGAAAUUAGUGAUAGUGAUGACUCUUCUGAUGAUGAGUAGCAAAAUAAUUAGCAUAAG